CUAGCAGCAGCUAGCUGGUGCUAGCUGGUGCGCAUUCUGCCCUCGUUCUGCUGCUGGACCCUAAUCACCGUUUUGUUCAUAAUGACGUCAGCCCGCGAUACUGCUCAGCAUGUUUUCGCUCAUUUUAACCCGAAUUCCUCAACCGAGACUGACCGAGACUGACCCAACUCCCAGAGCGCCAGCUGUGUGUUUGGCUAGCAGCGAACCGCGAUGCUAACGGCUGAAGCGAUGUUUGUGAGAUGCAGCUGAAGUGCUGCUCGGCCUGGAAAACAUGACGUUCCGACCGAACCUCGGUGAUGUUCCUCUGGCUGCGGGAGGUGGAAGAUGGACACCGAGGACCGAGGACGACAGAACUGACUGCUCACGAACUUCGAAAUCCGAAGGUGCUUUGCAGACACGAUGGGAGAAUCGGUUCUUGUCCUGAUCGAGCCAUGAGUAGGAGUGAACACACUAACGCCAGGCAUGUCCCCGUGGCCCUCACUCCCCAGCUCCCUCUCAGAGCUCAUCGACCUCUGUGUGCAUCAGUCUCCUCCGACAGCAGCGGCCGCUUCAAGGCUCUGGAGACUCAGGAGUGGAAGAACAACCUCAAAUCUCAGAUGGAGGUGGCCCACAGUGCAGGAGCAGCCAGCAGCACAGGUUCCCUGGAGCGAGCCUCCAUGUUCUGUGCGUUGGCAUCGGCCUCUGUGUCUGGCCCCGGCCACGGCCUGCCCAGCCCCGGCCUGCCCAGCCCCCCCGUGGAGACCCUCAGCAAGAGCAAAUCUUCCAGCCGCUUCUCUCUCUUCUCCCCUCCAUGGAACAGCAGUUCUGAAUCUGACUCCAACCCACCAUCUCGCUCAGGCUCCAAGAAGCUGCGCAAUUACAGCCGGAGAGCAGCCACGGGGCCAGCAGGGGCCCGGGCUCCUGAUGUGCUUGAUCCCAAACGGAGCGGCCCCGAACACUUCCAGUACUCUGAGCCAGUCAUUUCCAGAGUGACGGACUACAUCUACGUGGGCAACCUGAACGCGGCGUACAAUGGCCGCACACUGUGUCGCAACAACAUCGACAGCAUCAUCGACAUGAGCAGCGCGCCCGGAGAGCCGGCCCCCUCCCUCAGCCUCAUCCCCUGCACCUGCUCCCGCGGGUCUCGGCACAGCUGGUCCCGCCUCAAAGUGGACAUGGGAGACAUGCCGGACACGCUGGCCGAGCAGCCGGCUCUGAAGUACUGCUGCUUUGAGGAUAUCAACGAGUGCAUAAAUGCUUCCAUGGAGAAGAGGAAGCGCGUGCUGGUCCACUGCCGGGACGGGUUUUCUCUGGCGCCCAUGUGCAUCAUCCAGUACCUGAUGGUGAAGCAGAACAUGAGGCUAAUUGCUGCUUAUGAGCUGCUGAGAGCCAAGUACCCAGUCAACAUCAAGGAGUGUCACCAGAACGUUUUAGUGAGUCUGGAGCGAGCCCUGUGGCCCGGCGGGGAGGUGGACCCUGAGUGCUUCAAACAGGCUCUGUCCCGCAAGCUGGCCUGGACAUGAUGGCCUCUAUCACCCCCCCUGUCUGCCUGGCUGCUCCUUCUGUUGCUUUCUUUCCUGGGUUGGUACAUUUUCCACUGAAACCACCACAGGCAGCUCUGCUUGUCCUUCUCGAUAUUACUGCACUUUCUUUUAAUUUAUUUGGUGAAGAGAAAUCAUUUCCAUGUGUUUCUUUAUCAAACAUUGACACAGAUAUGGUAACAACAACUUUGAACACAAAUGCUAAACAUUUUGCUCUACACCUAGUGUUUCGCCAAUUCGUUCACAUCUGGCUUACAUUCAAAGUCUAUGUGGAGGCGCAUCAGACCCAUCAAAAUUGCUCGAGCCUGAUGGGUCAAAUGAUUCAAAUCGCGCCGCGCGAGACGCUUGAGACGUGUCGCGACUGGCCAUCGACGCGCCUCCACAUAGACCGAAUGUAAACCAGACACGCCUGACGCUCAAAACAUGCACCAUUACAGUUGAUAUACAGUAAUUAAUAAAGAAAGCGAAAGUGACAAAAACAAUAUGUUGACGACCUUGGUCAAACAUGUAAAAACAAUCCUUUCAGAUGGUUCAGAAAGUGCAGUUAGGUAUUAUAAAUUCAGGAUUUUCACCAGAAAAUGUGCUAAAUCUGGUGGCAGGAGUGCUAGGGCAUUACUGUGUUUUUUAGUUAAAAAUGAUUAAAGUUGAAGGAAAUGUGAAAAUAUCAUAAGGUCACAUUGUUAUCCAUUAGUAAUCCAUUAUUAAUACCUUAACAACAACUAUAAAAUCUUAAAAAGGCAAACAUGAAAAAACCCGACCGUAAAUAAGCAAACAACACUUAGCCUGUUUUCGGGUCAGGAAAGCCUGGUGGCCCGCCAGGCUGAUAAAACACUGAGGAAAACCCUGAAAUAUAACAUAAUAAGCAACAGAGCAUGACGUCGCUCAGGGCAUAAAGCAUAGAAUAACACUGAAUAGAUCCGCCCUCAUUGUUCCAGUCUUUUUAAACAUCAGAACCGAUACAGACAUUGACAUCGGACUGGUACAUCUCUAAUUGUGACCUUUCUGUUCAUGACUAGCAUCCACAGCUGCUUGGCUCCACAGUGUUUUAUCUGUUGCCGUACAGUGGAUUUCUAUUUCUGUUCUACAUCAUGCUAAUGUUCUGCUUUUCUACGUCAGGGUGAAAUCUUUCAGUGAGCUAACUCAGGAGAAUGUUGAUGUCAAAGCAGUGCGGGCGGCUUGUACGUUGUUCUUUAGCUACAGAUGCCUCAGUACUCAGGUUUGGACACUGAUCUUGGCUGAAUUGUGCUGAUAAUCUGAAGUGGAGUCAUACAUUCACAGAGCAAAUCUAAGGUUAUGCUGAUGUAGAAUUCAUUUCAGACAUUAAGAGGAGAGAUUUCAGAUGAAGUCAUCACGCCAGUGGUUGACCCGUUAGUAAUUUACUGUCUGGUUCUGAUGAUGUGGAUCAGUGGUUCCCAACUGUUUUUGUGGCAGUCUUGUUAAAACCUUUACCUUGAAGUGGCUCGACUUGAUAACUUUGGUUAGAAGCUGGGAUCACUAUGAAUGAUGCUCAGCAGAAAGAAAUUUGACAGUUCCAGAUUUUGUUUGGACUCUUCUUAUUUCUAACAUAAGUUACAUCUUUUAUGCUCUAAUUGCAGGCAAAUGUUUUUUUUUCAUUUGAAUUAUUCUCCCUAAUAGGAAUUGUAUUAAAGAUUUAGCUCUUUCAAAUAUAUAAUUUCAAAAAUACAACUACAUUGUAGAUCAUUACGUGUUGCAUGUAGUCAUAAUGUUUCUAAUCCACUUUUUAACAUGUUGGUCUUUGUUUUCACAUGAGGACACAAAAUAUUUAUGCAUUUCAUCCCUUUUACUGAGUUGCUAAAAAGUGUCAAGAAAGACUUGCCAUUGGUUCCUCUUUGUACAUCAAUUUUAAGAAAUUAUUUUUAUUAAAGCCAAAACAAGAGGGCAGUUUAGAGAAUAAAAAAGCCUUCUAGCUUUUUUUUUGUAGCGCUUCUAACUUUCUAUUUUGUUGACUUUCUGCUUGCCUGUCAGGGUAAUUCAAGUAAUUGAGUGAUGCAAUGCUAUUAUUGCUUAUAGCAGCAAAUCUUAAACCUCUCGUGAUUUUUGUUUGUGAAAAUAUAACUGAAACUUUAAGCCUUGCAUACAUGUGUGAUCGUACAUGACUUCCUCCCGGCCUCCAGGUUGGGAACCACUGACUUUAACAACACUAUCUACAAAGUUCAUCUCUCUACUUUUAACAGAACAAGUAAAAUGAGCAAAUUAUGUGCCACUUUUUAUAGCACAGCAUCAGCCUGCAAAGAUUUCAACUGGGAAUGGUGCUGAAGUAAAACAACUGAUGACCUGCUUUCACAACGUUAUCAGGAUGGGAGAAUAAGGGUGUGCAGAGAUGACUGGUCAUUCCACAUUUAGAAAUGUUGCAUUUUGCAGGAAUAAUUUGAGAAUGACAUAACAUCAGCUAGUACCAAAAACACCUGAAACAAAAACUAAAAAUGGCGUUUACAGCAUUUCUGAUAGACAUGUAAUUGUGUUAGACAUUGAUUUGUCCAGGGAUAGAUUGUGUUCAGACUGCCUAACUGAUUCAGGAGUUCAAGGCCACCUGACAGUGUUUCCAACAAAACCGUUACCUCUGCGUCUUAAACCCUGUCCACACAGGAUCAGAUCACUUGAAACACACGUCAGCCUCAGGUGGGAACAGGGAUGAAAAAUACAUUUGAGGUGGUUCAAUGAAACAACAAAUUUUAUUCUAGAUUGCAGUCGUCGAUUUCACAGAAGAGCUUUGGAUUCAAUACAUUUGAAAGAGAUGCAGCUUUUUAUGAACUGUGAUGCUGUGAGAGCUCAUGCCACCCAUCCACAAGUUGCCGCCCUGGGCUGUUGCUCAUAUCAGAAACCACCACUGACCAUACCAGCUUUUGUUUUCAUGUUAUGCAUGGAAUAAAAUCUUACAGUAGUUGCGUUUCCGUAGACCAUGCAAUUGAGCAAUUUCACUUUUCGAUAAAUAAUGGAAUUAUGGCAAUUUUGAAAAUACUCUCAAUUUUAGCUAAAAAGUUUCGGUGCUAGAAUUCUGUGGGAUUUUUUUUUGUUUGGCUUUAUCAAAAUUGGUUUAUUUCGCAAAACUGCAACAGAAGCAUGUUUUUUGCAUCACAGGUCAUGAGCCACUGAUGAUGGCACAGCAUGGUUUUUAAUGACUUAUGUCAUGAACAAACUUAUUCACAUGUGAUUUUAAUAGUGCUUCUUACAUAAUGGAAACACCAUAAUUACAAAAUUGUGAUUUUCUGACAUUCGUGGCGCAUUGAGAAAGUUUUGCACACAUUUGUAAAUGAAACACAACUAGUUUGAAUCUCACAUUAGCUCACAAACUGAAAUCUCAAUCCAAGAUGCUUCAGGUACAGCGUGUGAAGAGUCGGACAGAAUUUAUGACCCAGUCAGUCACACUGGACGACCACCAUGAGGCCACAUGAGUGAUGAUUCUGUUUGGAAGUCAGCUGUUCUUCCUGACGUCUCUGGGUUUGGAUCUCACUGGACUUUGAGUUGCCUCCAAACUUAACUUUAAAUAUUCCACAUGUUGCAUCUCAUUGACUCUGUUAUUUUUGCUGGGCCUGUCUUUGUCUCCUGAUGGAAGAUGUGUGGUCUGACCCGUCCUCUGAGUGUCACGGUACCAGUUCAUAUGCAGCCACUUCCUUUCUCCAUGAUCCGCAGCAUUGUUUGAGUUUUGUUCUGUCUGUGCUGAUAGCUAUUUUCCAUUGUAAAAUGUUUACUUUUCACCUGCGUUUAAAUCUAUAUCAAUAUUCCCAACUGCUGUAUAAAUGUGCACUAACCAGGUUAAGGCAAUGAAUCAGCAAUCUAGACUUGCUACUGUUUGGUCACUUCCUUUUAAUGGGAAAAAUAAGUGAUGUAGUUUUAUAAAAAUGUUUUUCCUGUAUUUAUUUUUAUUGGGAUGUACCUUUCCACAAAUGUUUUUGAGUUUAUCUUUAACAGAGGGUGAGAUGAUGAGCAUAUGAAGUUUGGUUUAUGGUUUUGACCUCUUACAAUUAGAUGAAGGUAGUUUUAGAACCUGUUCAACACAGAGCCACCUGUACUUUAAAUUUUACAACUUGAAAGCAGAUGCACUAACUAAAUCACGGACAGAGUGGUUCUUAUUUCUGUCUGCAAUGUAGGUUUGAAAUUUAGUAUUUAUUUAUUUUUUAAUCAUAUUUUAGCACCAGUAGAUCUACUAAGCUUGACAGUCAAAACACAAAUCAAUAUCUGCAUUUCCACUACUGUGAAAGUCUAGGCUAGUCUUUGUAAAAUGAAAUUUACUCUCCAUUACUUGAAGGAAUGAUGUUUAAAAAGAGGCCAAUCAAUGGGAAUAUUCGACUUCAAAUGAUCCAGAAUGCAGCGGCACGGCUUCUUACAGGAACCAGGAAACUUGACCAUAUAAGGCCUACGCUGGUCAAUUUACACUGGCUACCUGUUAUGUAUCGAAUAGAUUUUAAGAUUCUUUUAUUAACUUAUAAAGUUUUAAAUGGGUUAGCUCCCCCUUAUCUUCAGGAUCUUUUAAAAUUUCAGGAGAUCAGGCUUUUUCUGUUGCUCCGAAUUUAUGGAACAAUUUGCCUUUUCAGAUUAGAUCUGCUAGCAGCCUGGAUCAUUUUAAAUCGCUUCUCAAAACUCAUUUUUAUUCGUUGGCUUUUAACUGAAGCAAUUUUUUGAUGUUCUGUUUUUAUCUAUUUGUGUUACUGUCGUUCCUGUGCAGCACUUUGGUGCAGCUUUAUACCUGUUUUAAAGUGCUAUAUACAUAAAUUUGACAUUGACAUAUUAAAACACAAAAUAACAGAAAAUCAACCAAAUAACACAAAGUUCCAUUUCAGACCACUGCACUUACUUAUUACAUAAGUGUGAUUAAGAUUAAACUGCAUGAAGUAACUGCAUAUUUUUCAGAUAUUUACUAGAAAGUAUCAGUUUGAGCCCUUGAACAAACAGUGGAGAAAAUAAUAAAAAUAACUUCUGAUCAUUUUUUUUUACAAUAAACAAUACAAUAACAAUCCAUCCCUACUUUAAACUUCAUAAGUGUAUCUCUGCCCUAUGCUGCAUUUCUUUGUCUUCAGACCACAAUAAUGUUUGUGCUCUAAAAUUCUCUUAACAUUGGAGAAUUUGGAUAGUGCUGCACCUCCUGCAGCUUUUAUAUCAGCUUAUGUUUUUUUAAAGACAGACUUUUUUAUUCACACAGAUAUCAUCCUCACAUUUUAGCUUUGGAGUUUUUUUUAUGUACAGUUUUCAACAUUUAUUAUCUGCAUGAAAAGAUAUUUGCAGCAGCCUGUGAAAAUCAAUACUCGUCAUUAUUUGAUGUUUCAGAACAAUAAGUGGCCACACAUCAUCUCUUUGGCAUCUUGUAGUUUAGAUUUUUGGUUUUCUUUAAUCAAAAAUAUUGUAUGCCACAUGCAUAAAAAUUGGGCUUCAGGUACUUUGGACCCAGAUGAUGUCACCAUCCAUAUAUAAAACGAUCUUUGUUUAACAGAGAGCUAUGGCUGCAGCAGACAAGAAGUGCUUUUAUAAUUGCUCCAAAAAUAGUGGAGAAUCUGGUAGUUUAUAUCUUUUUCAUUCUUUCAAUAUCUAUUGGUGUUCUGGCUCUGAACUGCAAGGAUUUCUGUCAUUUUAAGGUAGGCAUGUACACUGGGUUACUAAAAAGUAUUUUUUGAAAGUUCUUUUUUUUUGACAGAACUUUUUUGCACCACUGAAUCUAAAAAUCCCAUCAAUUCUUGUCAAUCAGGUCUUUAUUCAAACUGUAUUUAGAGAAAUUUGAUCUUAUGACUAAAUUGAUGACAUUUAAUAUUUCUGAACAAAAGAAGAUUUUAGGAGAAAAAUGUAUUUUCCAACAGAGCAUAUUAAGUGUUAUAAACAUGGACUUCUGUACAUUGUAUAAUAAUCACUAUAAGGGUAAGUACAUGUGAAUUGAACAUUAUGUCUUCAUUGUGUAAAAUUCUCCAUCUCUUUUCUGUCCUGAUGGAAUCUCUCCUGCUCAUCAUUCAUUGAUCAGAUUCUCAGGAAACUGAUCCAGAUGAGAGAACAAGUCUUGCAUUUUGAUGCUCAUGUUGCUCCAUAGUUCAGGAAGUUGACCUGAUUGAGCAAAACCAAUGUGAUUUUUGGAUUCAGCCAGUGUAAUACAUCUGUUGUAUCAGCACUGUGACAUUCUAGCUGAUGUUUCUUUUGAGACCCUAAUCUUUAAAAUAUACCAAUAAUUAAAUUAAUUACUUGCUAAGGCCAUAAGUUACAAGCAAUUUAAUAAGGAAAACUAGAAUUUGUUUGGAAUAACAAAAAAAAAAACCCAUGGCGUUGCAGCAGAGUUCACCCAAGCUUUUUUUUUUUUUUUACUUUUUUUUUAAUAUGACUUAUUGUGUCCAGUUUGGACAGAAAACGAUGCAUCUUUUUAUAUGUAGAUAUCUGGAGCUUAUUCUUUUCUCUUUUUUUAUUUGUUUAAAUGUCAGACUUACACUAUAACAAAGUAUUUUGUACUUUGAUUUUGCUUGAAUCCUAAUACUUUAUUUGGUUCCUAUCAAACGGCAUCUCUCUCUCUGCACAUCGUCAUGUGAAGGGUGCGGUUGUAUUGGAAGUAUGGUGCCUUCGUUCAGCGUCGUUUUGUAUGCCAUGUGGUGACAUUUUGCACAAUUUGUAUGAAUUUAACCUCUUGAUAUCUUGUACAGAAACGAUGUCUAUUUCUGGAUGUUUUAUUUGGAUGGAAGGUGUGCAUGUGACAUUUGAGUGAUGUGUUUUUUGCUGUUCUCUUUGGUGGGUGUGAAAGCCUGGUAAAUGAGCAAAUGUUGAAGUGCAAAGCGCUCUAAAAAACAAACGGUGUUUUAAUGUUGUAAAUGAUGCACAUCAAUCAGUCCAAUGCUAAUCUUUUCUCUCAGGUGAUAUCUUAUUGGCCCACAAAGUUUUUAAUGAAUUUGAUGUUUUAAAAUGUGAAGCAAUGCAUUUCUCAUCUUACUUUUCCAAAGUAACAUGAACUUUUAUUAACAUUAACAUUAAAAUGCUGUUGUACACCUUG